AGUCGUGGAAUCUGCCGCUUUGGGCAACUACACUGCUGGCUCCAAUUAAUGCUGCUACGUAGCCUUCGCAAGCUAAUCGCCUUGUAUUCCAAAGUGCUGCAGGGUUCAAAGAGUGGUAAGCAAUGUUGUAAUCGUAUGCCGCACCGCGUCUACAGCGGGCAUACCCGCCCCCUCAUCCAACAGCCUGGUACUGUAAGAGGGAUCGUAAUCGGUGCCUCUGCUCUCUACAACAUUCUCUCGCGUGCUCGUUCAAGGGAAUCGGAGCUUGCCGAAUCGUUCAUUUUUGCUCCUCGGCUUGUGUCGACGCCUCAAUUCUCUUGGCUUCAUCAUCCAUAAUUCAUCGUCAGCCCCGCCAUAUGAAACGUCUCUAAGAGCAAAAUCAACAGGCCAUGAACCAAAUUCCCGGCAUAUUGUAUGCCGAUCAGGAAUUCACGACCUGGCUAAUUGUCGGCGCCAGCAGAGGCAUUGGCCUCGAGUUUGUGCGUCAACUUUUAAAUCGAGAAGAAAGGAUCAUAGCAACCGUUCGUGAGCCUUGGGCAGGCCAUGCCUCUGGCCUAUGGGGUCAAGCAGGCAGUGAUCAUGGACGCUGUCAAAUGUACACCUGUGACAUUUUGUCCGAGGCUAGCAUCAUUAACUUCGUUGCUCAACUCGCUCUAAUACCCAAUCUCAAAAUCGACUACGUAGUCCUCAACGCUGGAGUCCUAAGAUACCCUAAUAGAGCCACUGAGCUUUCUUUCGACGAGUUUGCCUUCCAUCUGCAUACAAACACCAUCGGUCCCAUCAUCACUGCCCAGAAGCUUCUUCAGACAAACAUCCCUAUCGGCACUAUCGUCUUCAUGUCAAGCGACUCGGGCUCCGCGGGGAACUUUCGUGAGAUGGAAGAUGGGUUUGCUGCAUAUGCUGCUUCCAAGGCGGCGUUGAAUAUGGCCAUGAGGCAUAUGGCGGCGGAGUUGAAGAGGAAAGAUGACGAUACAAUCAUCCUGGCUAUGCAUCCUGGAGAAGUUGCGACGGACAUGGCCAACGUCCAGCUACCCUGGGAAGUCCAAGGCAUCAUUACACCUGAAGAGUCGGUGAGAAAGAUGAUCGAUGUAAUACAAAGCAAAGGUAUUCAGCAUAGCGGCACAUUCUGGACAUGGGAGAACAAGCGUUAUGUUUGGUGAUGAGCGUUCGAUUUGUACUCCAUACUUAUGAUAAUGCUCCACUCGGAUUAUACCCCUGUUAAAUCGCAUAUGAACAACCAUCUUCUGACGCUCAAGGGCUCCACUAUGUAUGCUAGACAAUGUCAAGACCAUGAGACUACUUAUCCGUGCAGGUCG